ACAAUCAUAGCACUGCUUUGCUUAGCUGAUCGCACAUUUUUGCCAGCAGCCAGACGCACAAGCGGAAACCUGAGCCAUGGAUGCCGAGGAUAAAUCCCCCGCCGACCAGGGAGUGCAGCUCCUGGACAUCAGCUCGAACUUGCCCCUGCCUGAGCCCAAAUGUGAGAAGGAGACCGGCCAGCAGGAGAAACCUCCGUAUUCAUACGUGGCUCUCAUUGCCAUGGCCAUCAAGGACAGCCACGACAAGAGACAGACGCUCAGCGGGAUAUACGACUACAUCAUCUCCAAGUUUCGCUACUAUGAGAAGAACAAAAAAGGGUGGCAAAAUAGCAUAAGACAUAACUUGUCUCUCAACGAGUGUUUCGUCAAGAUGCCAAGAGAGAACGGAGGGGACAGGAAAGGUAACUAUUGGAUGCUCGACCCCGCAUUUGAGGACAUGUUUGACCAGGGGAACUACCGGCGGCGGAGGAGGGUGAGGAGACCCUACAGACCCCCGAGUGUGCCUUACCUGACCGGGAGCUCCGUGGAAUAUCCCGAACCGCUCUACAUGCCUUAUGUGAGCAGCUCCUGGAACCUGUCCCAGCCGGCGGGAUACCAAGCACCUCAGGUCAUCGCUCACCCCCGCAGCGUGUCGCCCAGCGGCCCCGUGAGUUCAUAUUGCUUGCCCUCCCACUUCCAUCACUCUCACUACCGCUCAUACCACCACCACCCGCCGGUGCUUGUGCCCCACAAUGGCUAUCCCUACGGAGGAGUGACUCAGCCGCUGAGCCCCGGCGGAGGCACCGUGUCAGUGGCGUACCCGCAGCUCAGCGCCUAUGCACGGCAAACGGAGGCUCCGUUGGCUUAUUCAUUUGACCAGUAGGGUUUCCUGUUAUUAAAUCCACUGACAGCCAGUUCAUUGAGGGAUAUCUGUUUCACCGUUUCAGUUGGACAGCCAUCGUUUAUAAGGUGAAGUUAACCGGUGAAUUGAUUGUAAAAAGUUAUUGGUUACGUUUUCGGUUACGUUUUUUUCGGUAGGCCACAGUUUCAAAUGCCACGGAAGUGUCGUCUAAUCGCAUUACUUCUGAAAUGGCACCGGUCAAGUUAAAGUUGCAGAAAGUGUAUGCCUCUUUAGUUAAAGCUCUAUUAAGCAACCAAAUACAAUUGUGUUUUUAUAUGUUUACACUUGUAUUAUGCUAUUUUCUUCUCUUUUUUUAAUAUAGGCCUUUACAUUUUAUAUGUUCUGUUAUUUAUUUUCUCUCGUGCCAUCCAUUGCUCCAAGCUGCUAUGCAAAAUUGGUGACACCAAAGCACUGAUCAGUUUUCGUAUUCAAUUGUGAAUGUUUGUUUGAUGUGAAAUACAUCAUGUUUGUUAAAAUAAAAUGUUAUUUUUGCAUUAAA